GUUGUAUCGUAAUCAGUUCUUUUGCAAUUUUACAAUUUCGCGCCAAUUUUUCUUCUGUUUAGUAGCACCCUACCGUCGGCAACCAAUUACGUACGAAUUCUUUUGCAAUCUCCGCGCAUCCGCAUGCAGUCCACGUUUCGAAGUUUAUUUUACAGUUUUUCUAGACGCCCUUUAUCUUACACGAAGUGCAAAUUACUGGUAAUGAGCGUUGAAAAAAAAAUGAACAGUCGCAAAAUAAUUGGUACACAUGAUGGUAAAUUCCACUGUGAUGAAGUCCUUGCAUGUGCCAUGCUUAAAUUGCUUCCACAGUAUGCAGAUGCUACUGUGAAAAGAACUCGCAAUCCUACCAUACUUGAUACCUGUGAUAUUGUUGUUGAUGUUGGGGGUGUUUUUGAUCACAGUGUACACCGCUACGACCAUCAUCAGAGGGCAUUUCAGGAAUCCUUCUCGUCCUUGAAACCAGGAUUUCCAUGGGUAACGAGGCUGUCAAGUGCUGGAUUGGUGUAUGUUCAUUUUGGUCAAGAAAUUAUAUCUCAACUGCUUGCCAUCUCCAUUGAGUCUGAGUUAGUGCAAGAAACUUACAAGAGGGUUUAUGAAGGCUUCAUUGAGGAAAUUGAUGCAAUUGAUAAUGGAAUUUCAACACAUGAUGGGCCAGCACGCUACAAAAUCACAACAAACCUAAGCUCCAGAAUUGGAAAUCUAAACCCAAAGUGGAAUGAAAUAGAAACUGAUGAAGAUGUUUCUACCAAGUUUAACAAAGCAAUGGAAUUGGCUAAAGAAGAAUUCUUGGAUAAAAUUAAUUAUUUUUCCAAAUGUUGGUGGCCAGCUAGGAAAUUGGUCGUUAAUGCAAUUGAGGACCGUUUUUCUGUCGACGAAAGUGGUCAAAUAAUCGAACUUAAGAAUGGAGGUUGCCCAUGGAAAGAGCACUUCUUCGAAUUAGAGAAGAAAAUGGGAUUAGAUGUAACCGACAAACAGAUAUUGUACUGCAUAUUUCCCGAUACCAGCGGCAGUUGGAGAAUCCAAGGCGUUCCUCUUUCUUCCCACUCAUUUGAUCUUCGAAAAGCCCUACCCGAUCAAUGGAGAGGUCUUCGUGAUAAGGAGUUGGACAAAAUGUGCGGUAUUGAUGGAUGUGUCUUUAUUCACGCUUCAGGAUUUAUUGGAGGCCAUUCAACACGUGAAGGAGCGCUAGAAAUGGGUAGGAAAGCUCUCGCUAUUGCAAGUUAAAAGCUGACUAGGGAAUCCUGGAAUACGGACAUAUCCAUUAACAAAUAUCGCGUGGUCGUCUGCAGGAUUAAGUGAAAGAACGAGCAACUUUUCGGCAGCUAACGGGUGCCAGUCACCCAGCGUGCACCCUACAUCUUCGUGCGUAU